AGAGAAGCUGAGGAAGCACUGGGUACCACAGGCUGAAGCUCUGUGCUCCAUCAAUCCUCUUCAGGCCUCAGAUCUUCCCUCGUCUCUUCGUAACCAUGGAACGGUCCGCACAAGAGCUCUUCCUCAACUUCAUGAUUGUACUGAUCACAGUUCUCCUCAUGUGGCUUCUGGUGAAGUCAUACCAAGACUGAAAGACUCCCUCCUAUCCCUUGGGAGUGAGUGAGGGAUCCACCGAUACAUUCGGAAAAAGAAUGCAAAUUCUACUAUACAGGAGCAGUCCUAUGCUUGCUCUUUGUCUGUGUAUCAAUUUUUAAAAAAAACAAUACUCUAAAAUACCUCUUGCCUAUAUCUGCCCAAAUAUUCAAAUUGACCUAGGAUGAUGCAAAUAUGUAAGCUAGCUACAAAGCAUUGAAAACAUUGACAUAUCCUUGUCCUUCGCAAUCAACGCAUGGAGCCAUUAUGGUGACUACAAGCACCUUUCAAGUCUGUGUCUGUCUGUUUCCUGACUCCCUCUUGUUUGAUUUACGUAGCUGAAAUGUGACUACAUAGCUUCAUCCAUCCUCUGUUGCUGUCAUUUGAAUAAAGAACUAAGUAGGAUGC